GGUGGAGUUUGGGCCAUUUCCCCGGCUUGCUCGGCUUGAGUGCACGUCUCGUCUUUGCUUCCGUGUUUCCACUUUCAGACCUGUGACCUAUGAGACUGGCGGUCACUCUGUUGCUUCUCUCGGUCCAAGAUCAUGGCGGAGCCACCUCGCAAGCGUGCCAAGCGCAAAAACUACUACAAUCUUGAGGACGAGAAAGCCGAUUUGAAGAGCUUUGGUCCCUUUGCCACCCGGAUCAUCGAUGACAUCAAAGGUAUACCAGGGUCUUAUCCCAUGAUUGACCCGCAAGCUCAAGCAGGCACUCAGAUACCAUGGUCAGACUGCGUGUUCGCAAGGUUGAAGUCGAAGGAGACAAGCAUGGAGGCCGAACAAGCAAAAUUGCGCCAUUGCUUGAGGUUUUACAAUACACUUGUCGUCACAGUGGUGCUCAAGAGCUUUGCUGCAGCGUACAAUCGCUCACAGAACCGGAAAGAUAAGCGAAACAGCCGGGCACGAAACAAGGCCUCCACGAGCCAUGAUGCCCAAGCUCAAGAUCAGUCUAGUCCCUCCCCGUCCACUGAUCAAGCCGUUAUGGCCGAUUUGGCGAGCCUCUUAGGGGGCACCGCACCAAGUGGGCCUGGUUCUGGCGGCCAAGCGGACCAAGGUCUAGAGCGGGUUGGUCUGCUCCAUCCCGCUGUUCGCGCACCCACCGCCGGUCGGCACUGCAAUUUGAGCCUCUUUGGGGCCACCACACCGAGUGGGCCUGGUUCUGGAGGUCAAGCGGCCCAAGCUGAAGACCAGCCUACUGUUGAGGAGAGCGACCUGGACGGUUCUGACGACUUUGAAUCCGACGUUUCGAGUUUGAGGGCGCAUGAUAACCCGAGCGCGACCACACCAUUGCACCCCCCGCUUUCUGAUCAAGAUAACGAUGCCACGCGUGCCCAAGGCUAUAUUGACAAGCGGAACUAUUCCUCCCCGCUGGAAUUCGGUGCAGCCCCUUGCAAUCCACCGUCGCCAGAUCAUGAUACCGCUGUGCCCCCUUACAGGCCAAAGUUGCCACCUGGACGAUGA